AUGGGCUUCUGCAGCCGCUGCGGCGAACCCGUACAAGCCUCGACCCGCUGCAGGUGUGGUGGCCUGCCCCGAGAGUCGGCCACGCAGGCACUUCUUGACGGCAAGGGCAGCGACCGGUGGACCAACAGCUACACCACCCGCUCGACCAGGGGCAACUCGAACGCACGCUCAAACUCGUCUACACCAACCACGACCGGCGGCAUCAGUGCAUUCGGCGAGCGCACAACGCCAAAGCGCCCGGCGAGCCCGACAAAGCUGUCCUCGUUCAUCCACGACGCCGGCGAGCUGCACAGCGUCUUUGGCUCGGUUCUCAGCCCACAAGAUCACUGGAGCUGUGCAGGCUGUACCGCGUCGUUCAAGCAGGAGGAGACGAUCUACCCGCACCCGGGCGCCAAGCACGACCACAAACUCGCCGAGACGUUCUUCUGUCGGUCCUGCUUCGCGGAGCGCUUUCGUGUCGGCGACUGCAAGGCGUGCAAGCAGGCGGUCUUGACCGACGCUCCUUUCGUCAAGCACGGCUCGACGGUCUGGCACAACCCCUGCUUCGUCUGCGUCUACUGCGACGACCCGUCGACCGACGCCGUCAUCGACCUCGCAGGCCGGCCUUCCUGCGAGCGCUGCUUCGACGGCGCCUCGACCCGCACACGCAUCAUCCCGCCCUCGCCUCAGCCGCCCCAGGGCGCGUUCGCCAAGCACCAUGUGUCGGUACCGCCCGCUCCGAGCAAGUGGGGCAGGCCGUCGCUCCCGUCGUCGGCGGCGGGCUCGAGCACGCCGCCGCACAAGCCCGGCGGGCCCUGGAGCUCGAGGCCGGGGCCGCAGGUCAAGGCGCCGUCAAGCGGGCUCAGCAUCUCGAGCUCGACGUCUUCAACGUCGACGGGUGGCGGCAGGACGGGCGUCGCACGCCUCCAGUUCGAGCGCGACAAGUCGCCCAUCGCGCCCUCGCUUGACGAGCUCGGCGACCGUUUGCGGCGCGCCGGCAUCAAGGACACGGCGGCGCCCGGCAGCCCGGCCAAAGAGGCUGCUGCGCCGUCGUCGUCGCCGAGCAAGGCAGCGCGCCCGCCGCUGCCGCAGGUCCCGAGCAGCGGUCCUCGGCCGCCGUCGCCCGUCAAGGCGAGCGCCGCGGCAUGGCCGCCUCGUUCGGCCUCGCCGACCAAGGCGUCGAUCUCCAACGUCCCUCGACCUGCGCUCGUCCCUGUCCAACCCGUCUCACCCGCGCCCUCGUCCUUCGACCGACCGCACUCGCCGCUCAAGCCGUCCUCGUCCUCGUCCCCAACCAAGCCGUCCUUCCCGUCCUCGCCAACACCUUCUUCUGCCGCUGUGCACGUCGAGGACGACGACCAGUGCCCCGUGUGCGCGCUCCCGCUCGGGUACGGCGACUUUGUCGAGCUGCCGCAGACGGGUGCGCUCAUGCACGCCGAGUGCUUCCGCUGCGGCGGCUGCGGCGAGCCUCUCGGUGCGGGCAAACACGUCGAGGCCGAGGGAAAAUGCUGGCACAAGGCGUGUGCGCCUGCGCCCAAGCGCUACCGCGCCCUCGUCACGUCGCUCGCCGAGCCCGAGCCCGUCGCACACGGCUCGUCGUCGCCGUCGCCCGUCUCGCCUCGCCCGCUCGAGCCCGACCUCGCCGACGACCUCGGCGAGCCCGCGCCGUGUCACGCGUGCGGGACCGCGCUCGGCGUCGGGCGCAGCGUGACGGUGCCGCGCAGCGGGCACUCGUUCCACCAGAAGUGCUUCACGUGCGCGGCGUGCGCGAGGGCGUUCGGCGAGGAGAAGGGCGAGAGGGGGUUCGUCGAGGUCGAGGGCUUGCCGUACCACCAGCGCUGUGCCCCGCCGCCCGCGUCGCCCUCGCCGCGCAUCCUCAACUCGCCCUUCUUCGCCGCCGACGCCCAGUCCCUCCCCUCGUCGCGCUCGACGCGCCUCCCGACCUCGCCCUCGUUCCCUCGCGCCCUCGCCCUCUCGCCAUCUUCGUCGUCGACCUCGAUCGCACCUACCAUCUUCUCGCGGCGCGAGCGCCCGCCGGCCGGGCUCGGCGGCCUGCUCGUGUGCGCCGGUUGCUCGGUGCGCUCGACCGACAAGGAGACGGUCGUCGGCCCGAGGAACACGCGGUGGCACCCGCGGUGCCUCGUGUGCCGCGAGUGCAAGAGGGCGCUCGACAGCGAGUGCAGGGUCGGCGACGAUGGCGCGCUCAGGUGCGAGGCUUGCAGGAAGACGGUCGGCCGCAGGAGCUACCGCGACAACGCCGCCGUGCCGCCGAGCCCGACCAAGCCGCUGGCACCCCCGUCCGCCGCAUCUGACCCUCACCGCAAACUUUCCUGA